GGUCUUUUUCUCCAGGAAUGUAUCCUUUUAUGAGACCAUUCUUCCCUUUAAAAGUGGAAUUCAUCCUUCUGCUUCUUCACCUAUGACCAUCCCUUCCACCUCAAACCCUGAUACCAAUCCAGCACCAUCUCUUACAAUUCCUUUUCCUCUCAACCCUUCUACUCCAAGUUCUGUCUCACCUCCUCCUCAGGUUCAUUCAUCCAUGGAUGAAGGGGGGGCACACCGAGUCUGAGGUGUCUCCUGAACCAGUUGUCCCAAAUUUCCCUGAUGAUACAUAUCAUUACACCUACUUUGAUUCAGACAGUCAAGAACUACAUCCACAAGCUGAUGUUGAUCCAGAUGAUCCCAAUACCAUGGAAACCAGAAAGUCUUCAAGACAUCUCACAUUGCCAACCAAGUACAAAGAUUACCAUCUAGACCCUACACUCAAAUUUGGAGCCUUUGGAAGCAGUCAAUCAUGUAGCAAACAUCCUGUCUGUUUGAAUGUCCACCUACUGACUAAAGAAGAUCAGAAGUAUGCUCUCAGUGUUAUGAAUUUCAUUGAACCACGAUCUUAUUAUGAAGCUAUUAAGUCAGAUGUGUGGAAUAGAGAAAUGAAGGAAGAAAUGAAUGCUCUAGAGGAAAAUCAGACUUGGGAUGUUGUACCUUUGCCUGCAGGAGUGAAGGAAAUUGGGAACAAAUGGGUAUAUAAGAUCAAACUACAUGCUGAUGGUUCUUUGGAGAGAAACAAGGCAAGGCUUGUUGCUAAGGGAUACACACAAGUCUAUGGAAUUGAUUUCCUAGACACCUAUUCCCCAGUAGCAAAGAUAAAUAUUGUGAAGACCUUUUUGGCUGUGGCAAGUAUCAAACACUGGAUCCUUGAACAGUUAGAUGUGUCCAAUGCAUUCUUGCAUGGAGAUCUUGUAGAAGUGGUGUAUAUGAAGUUGCCCCUGGGAUUGGAAGUACCUUCAGGGAGUAAUCAGAGAAUGACAUGCAGGUUGAAGAAGUCACUUUAUGGACUUAAGCAAGCAUCUAGGCAGUGGUUUGCCAAACUGACAAGCUUUCUGUUAAGGUUUGGUUUCUCACAGUCUGCUUCAGACUAUUCUCCUUUUACUAAGUGGACACAUGGUAAGAUAACAGUGGUGUUAGUUUAUGUUGAUGAUAUCAUCCUGGGUGGAGAUUCCAAGAAGGACAUUGAGCAGGUAAAGCUUGCACUAAGUAAGGAAUUUAAGAUCAAAUUGCUGGGACCACUCAAGUAUUUCCUGGGGUUAGAAGUCAGUAGAACUUCUAGUGGUUUGGAUGUUUGUCAGAGGAAAUACUGUCUAGAACUUUCGAAUGACACAGGAUACAUGGAAUCCAAAGGGUGCAAGACACCAAUUGAUACCAAGGUGAAACUAACAUCAAAAGGGACUCUGUUGGAAGAUGCAGAAGGUUACAAAAGGUUGGUAGGCAGGCUACACUACUUAACCAUAACAAGACCAGAUAUUGCAUUUGUUGUUCAACAGCUAUGCCAAUAUCAAAAGGCUCCUUGUCAAGAGCAUAUGCAAGCUGCUUUCAGGGUAUUAAGCUACUUGAAAUCUUCUCCAGACCAUGGUAUAUAUUUUGACAGUGAGGCUGAGUUGAAAAUGACAGGCUAUUGUGACUCAGACUGGGCAAGCUGUCCUGACACGAGGAGAUCUAUUACAGGCUACUGUACCAUGCUUGGCACUUCACUGAUUACCUGGAAAACCAAGAAACAGACCACGGUUUCUAGGUCAUCAUCUGAGGCAGAGUACAGGGCACUUGCCCACCUGGUUUGUGAGGUUGAAUGGCUGAAGAGAUUGUCGACAGAAUUGACAGUUCAAGUUCCUUUACCUAUAACUGUUUACUGUGAUAACAUGUCUGCAAUCCACAUAGCAGAAAAUCCAGUCUUCCAUGAGAGGACAAAGCAUAUUGAAAUAGAUAUGUAUGUGACCAGAGAAAGGGUGAAGACAUGUUUGAUCAAGCUGCAACACAUUAGCACCACAGAGUAGCUAGCAGACAUUUUCACUAAGGGUCUUGAUCGAUUUAGGCUGAAGGAAUUAUUGGUCAAGUUGGGGAUCAAGUUGACACCACCAACUUGAGGGGGGAUGAUAGAGUUGUGAUCAAGACCAAGCUCCAAGGUGCAGGAAGAAAGAGAUGUUGCUGUAAUCCUAGUUGCAGGAGGAUUCCAGGAAUGAAGAAAACGGCAACGUUUAA